GAUUCCGGCUGCCCGAGUUGCCCAGCACCCCAACGUCCUCUCCGACAGUGCCCGUGGCGGCAGAAUAUACGUCUAUUUCACCGCUCCCUGGACGGGUCUAAGGUGAUUACUUUCCAGCCUGGCUUCCGUAUGAUCGUUGACAACCCCAUUAUCCGCAACGAGUCAUCCGCCAACCAGUACCGCCAGCUAACCUUCACCUGCCUGAACGCGCUCGACACCCGCACGGGCGAGACCAAGUCCAUACCUACCUAA